AGAAGAAUGGGUAUAAGUAAUGAAUGAUGGAACGACCAGAUGUUGUGAUUACAAGAAACGAGACUACAAGAUCAUCAAUCAAGACAUCCACCCCAUUUCGAUACCAUCUGAUCAGGUUCGCCUUCACCACACACUACCACCAUCACAAACUUCAUAUCAGGCUCUUUAAUUCAGCAUGUCUGCAACCACUAUCCGCAAAGCUGUCAUCACGGAGUUCGGCGACGUCUCCAAGGUCCAAAUCAUUCAGGACACCAUCGAGCCGCCUCCAGCAAACCAUGUCCAGGUCUCAACCAUCUACUCCGGUUUCUCAGGCGCCGACAUCAACAUGCGCAAAGGCGUCUACCCCCUGCAAAAGAAGGCCCCGCUGACUCCGGGCUACUGCCUCGUCGGCUCCGUCAAGACCACCGGCCCGGGGUGCACAUCCAAAAUCUCACCGGGCGAUCUCGUCGCCUGCCUCACAAUCUACGACGCCGAAGCCGAGCUGGUCAACCUGCCGGAAAAGUACCUCAUCAGAGUACCCCCCGGGACCGACCUGCAGCAGGCAACAGCCCUCAUCCUGGACUGGAACACAGCGUACGCCAUGGUCUUUGACGUCGCCAAAGUCAGCAAAGGUCAGCGCGUUUUCAUCCACGGCGUCAGCGGGGCCGUCGGCUAUGCCCUUAUGAAGCUGUGCCAGCUGCAAGGCGCCGAGGUCUACGGCACAGCAUCGGAGCGGAACCACGCGGCAGCCCGGGAGCAAGGGGCCCACCCGUUCGUGUACACGGACAAGAAGUGGAUGCAGGCCGUGAAGGAGCUCGGCGGGGCGGACGCCGUGUUCGAUCCCCUCGGGUUCGAGAGCUGGGAUGAGUCGUUUUCGGUUCUGUCGCCUACCGGUAUCUUGGUCGGCUACGGCGGCAAUCUGCGCUCACUCAACGACGAUUCGGAGCAUGGCUCUGUGAUCUUGCCGACGAUGAAACUUAUGGCGCGCGGCAUGGUGCCGUUUUGCGGCAAGAGGACCAAGUUCUACUACAUUACGCGCGACGACGCGACGUUUGAGCCGAAUCUGAAAGCUUUACUUGAGCUGGUGGCUGAGGGCAAGAUCACCGUUCCCAUCAAGAAGGUGUGGGAGCUCGAGGAAAUUCAGGAUGCCCAUCGCCAGUGGGCGAGCAGUACGGGGGUUGGAUCAUCGCUCAUUCGGUUGUCGGAUGUGAAGGUGUGAGUGAGUGAGUGAGUGAGUGAGCAAAGGAGUGAGCGGGUGAGUGAGUUAAUGGGUGG